AUGUCGCCUUCCCAGAAACUUCCCAAUUCCACAAAUUUUACUCAAAACACCAAAGAGAUACCUGAAGACUUCUCUCAUUUGUUUGAACUCUUGGUAGUAGUAGGUGUCGUGUUUGUGGGGGGUAUUGCCAUGAUACUUAUGGUAUAUGAUAUUGAGAGUAAUAGAGACAAGAAAAGAGCAAAAGAAAUUCUUGUCGACAAAGAGUUGCAGUGA